GGCGGUGCCUCGCUGGGGAACGCUCUGCUCGGGGCCGGGGCCCUCUUGCGCCCCUGCUCGGGCCGGGGAGCCAGUGGCGGGGCUGCCUGCCCAGCUCUCCGAGCGCGCCGGCUGGGGCGGUCCCGGCUGCCGUCCCUCCCCUCCUCUCUCCAGCCUGCGCCGGGCCGGGAGUCGCCUCCAGGUCCAGGAGCGAGAGCAGGCACGGCGGAGAGCCCGCUGCCGCCCCUCGCACCAUGGCCCGCUGCGCAUCCGCGGCCGGGCUCGGCUUCGUGCUCCUGCUCUGGAGCGGGGCGCUUUUCCUCGCCGCCUCCCCGCAGCCCCAGCCGCCGCGGGGCAGCGUGUGGUGCCCCAGCCGCUGCUUGUGCUUCCGCACCACGGUGCGCUGCAUGCAUCUGAUGCUGGAAAGCGUCCCCGCCGUGUCGCCCCAAACCACCAUCCUAGAUCUACGGUUUAAUAGAAUUAAAGAAAUUCAGCCUGGAGCAUUUAGACGGCUUAAAAACCUGAACACACUGCUUCUAAACAACAAUCAGAUUAAAAGAAUACCUAGUGGGGCAUUUGAAGACCUUGAAAAUCUAAAAUAUCUCUAUUUGUACAAGAAUGAAAUCCAGUCAAUUGACAGGCAAGCAUUUAAAGGACUUGCCUCUCUAGAACAACUGUAUCUGCACUUUAAUCACAUAGAAACAUUGGAACCUGAAUCCUUUACGCAUCUUCCAAAACUUGAAAGACUAUUUUUGCAUAACAACAGAAUAGCCCAUUUAGUUCCUGGGACAUUUAAUCAUCUGGAAUCUAUGAAGAGACUGCGUUUGGAUUCAAAUGCUCUGCAUUGUGACUGUGAAAUCCUGUGGCUGGCAGACUUGCUGAAGACAUAUGCAGAAUCUGGUAAUGCUCAAGCAGCAGCUACUUGUGAGUAUCCAAGGAGGAUCCAGGGACGAUCAGUGGCUACAAUAACACCAGAAGAACUUAACUGUGAGAGGCCAAGAAUUACGUCAGAACCUCAGGAUGUGGACGUUACCUCAGGGAAUACAGUGUACUUCACUUGCAGAGCUGAAGGCAAUCCCAAACCAGAAAUUAUCUGGCUUCGAAACAAUAAUGAGCUCAGUAUGAAAACAGAUUCCCGUCUCAACUUGCUAGAUGAUGGCACUCUGAUGAUUCAGAAUACUCAAGAGACAGACCAGGGUAUUUACCAGUGCAUGGCGAAAAAUGUGGCAGGAGAAGUGAAAACUCAAGAAGUUACUCUUAGAUACUUUGGGUCACCAGCCAGGCCAAGUUUUGUGAUCCACCCACAAAAUACAGAAGUAUUAGUUGGAGAAAGUGUUACUUUGGAAUGCAGUGCAACUGGCCACCCGCAACCGCGGAUCACAUGGACAAAAGGCGACAGAACCCCCUUACCAAAUGAUCCUCGCAUCACAAUAACUCCUUCAGGAGGCCUUUACAUACAAAAUGUGAACCUGGAAGAUAGUGGCGAGUAUACCUGUUUUGCAACCAACAGUAUAGAUAAUAUCCAUGCAACUGCUUACAUCAUAGUGCAAGCUGUACCUCAAUUUACUGUCACUCCUCAAGACAGAGUAGUGAUUGAGGGCCACACUGUAGAUUUCCCUUGUGAAGCGCAAGGCUAUCCACAGCCCGUUAUUGCCUGGACCAAAGGAGGGAGCCAACUUUCUGUAGAUAGAAGACAUCUAGUACUAUCAUCUGGAACACUGAGGAUUUCCAGAGUUGCUCUACAUGACCAAGGCCAAUAUGAAUGUCAAGCCGUCAACAUUGUAGGAUCCCAAAGAACAGCUGUACAGUUAACAGUACAACCUAGAGUUACCCCUGUGUUUGCUAACGUUCCGAGUGAUAUGACAGUAGAAGUUGGCACAAACGUUCAGAUUCCAUGCAGUUCUCAAGGAGAGCCUGAGCCAGUAAUAACAUGGAAUAAGGAUGGAGUUCAGGUAACAGAAAGUGGAAAAUUUCAUGUUAGUCCGGAGGGAUUUCUUACCAUUCGUGAUGUUGGAACAGCUGAUGAAGGUCGAUAUGAAUGUGUUGCCCGGAAUACUAUUGGAUACUCCUCAGUUAGCAUGGUGCUAAGUGUUAAUGUUCCUAAUGUCAGUCGAAAUGGAGAUCCAUUUGUAGCAACAUCAAUUGUUGAAGCAAUUGCAACUGUUGACAGAGCUAUAAAUUCAACACGUACACAUUUGUUUGACAGUCGUCCUCGUUCUCCAAAUGAUUUGCUAGCCUUAUUUCGAUACCCAAGAGAUCCUUACACUGUUGAGCAAGCACGAGCUGGAGAAAUAUUUGAAAGGACAUUGCAGUUAAUUCAAGAUCAUGUGCAAGAUGGUUUAAUGGUUGACCUAAAUGGAACAAGCUAUCACUAUAACGAUCUUGUAUCUCCACAAUACUUGAACCUGAUAGCUAAUCUGUCAGGCUGCACAGCCCAUAGACGAGUGAAUAACUGCUCAGAUAUGUGCUUUCACCAGAAAUACAGGACACAUGAUGGAACUUGCAAUAACCUGCAGCAUCCGAUGUGGGGAGCCUCUCUGACAGCCUUUGAACGUUUGUUAAAGUCAGUCUAUGAAAAUGGAUUUAAUUUGCCUAGGGGCAUUGGACCUAAUAGACACUAUAAUGGAUACACGCUCCCCAUGCCUCGCCUGGUUUCAACAUCUCUAAUAGGAACUGAAACAAUAACCCCUGAUGAUCAGUUUACUCACAUGCUAAUGCAGUGGGGUCAGUUCCUUGAUCAUGACCUUGACUCUACUGUUGCUGCUCUGAGUGAAGCCAGGUUUUCUGAUGGUCAGCACUGCAGUUCAGUUUGUACCAACGAUCCUCCAUGUUUCUCAAUCAUGGUACCACCAAAUGACCCCCGAGUUAGAAAUGGUGCACGGUGCAUGUUUUUUGUACGCUCCAGUCCUGUUUGUGGAAGUGGCAUGACAUCUCUUCUAAUGAAUUCUGUUUAUCCACGAGAACAGAUUAACCAGCUGACUUCGUAUAUUGAUGCAUCCAAUGUGUAUGGCAGUUCAGACCAUGAGUCACGAGAAAUCAGAGACUUGGCAAGUCAAAGGGGUCUUCUGAGACAGGGCAUUGUACAGAGAUCUGGAAAGCCUCUUCUUCCAUUUGCUACUGGUCCACCAACAGAAUGCAUGAGAGAUGAAAAUGAGAGCCCAAUUCCUUGCUUCUUAGCUGGGGAUCAUCGUGCUAAUGAGCAACUGGGUCUCACCAGUAUGCAUACAUUGUGGUUUAGAGAACACAACAGAAUUGCUACAGAGUUACUGAAACUCAACCCACACUGGGAUGGGGACACAAUAUAUCAUGAAACACGCAAAAUUGUUGGUGCAGAGGUGCAACAUAUAACAUACAACCAUUGGCUACCUAAGAUCUUUGGAGAGGUAGGCAUGAAGAUGCUUGGCGAAUAUAAAGGUUAUGAUCCCAAUGUUAAUUCUGGCAUAACUAAUGAGUUUGCAACUGCCGCUUUUAGGUUUGGUCACACACUUAUCAAUCCCUUACUGUAUCGGCUGGAUGAAAACUUUGAACCUAUUCUACAAGGCCAUAUACCUCUUCAUAAGGCAUUCUUCUCUCCCUUUCGGAUUGUAAAUGAAGGAGGCAUUGAUCCACUUUUAAGGGGAUUGUUUGGUGUUGCUGGUAAGAUGCGAGUACCAUCACAGUUACUCAAUACAGAAUUAACAGAGAGACUGUUCUCCAUGGCACGUACCGUGGCUUUAGAUCUGGCAGCUAUGAAUAUUCAGAGAGGCAGAGAUCAUGGAAUUCCUCCCUACCAUGAUUUUAGAGUUUACUGUAAUCUUUCUUCAGCUCAUACUUUUGAAGAUCUGAAAAAUGAAAUGAGGAAUCCUGAAAUCAGGGAGAAACUUAGCAGGCUCUAUGGUUCACCUCUGAACAUAGAUUUAUUUCCUGCUCUUAUGGUUAGAAGAUUUAGUUCCUGGUAGCCGAUUGGGGCAACUUUGAUGUGUCUAUUGAAUACACAGUUUAAACGUCUUCGAGAUGGAGACAGGUUAUGGUAUGAGAAUCCUGGUGUAUUUAGUCCACCUCAGCUGACUCAGAUCAAGCAAACAAUCUGGUCUUGCCAGCAAUUUUGUGCGACAACGCUGACAUAUAACCAGAGUGCAACGUGAUGUCUUUAAGGUGGCCGAGUUCCCACAUGGUUAUGGUAGCUGUGAAGAAAUUCCUAAAUUGGAUCUCAGGAUGUGGCAAGAUUGCUGUGAAGACUGUAGAACUAGAGGGCAGUUUAAUGCAUUUUCAUAUCACUUCCGGGGAAGAACGUUCUCUUGAUUAUAGCUUUCAGAGACAAGCCCUUAAAGAAAAUGAAAAUGCCCAACAGUGAGUUCUACAAAACAGGGUAAACAUUUAAUAAUGCCACUUCAGCAUCUGAUGAACAUAUAAAAUUACCUGUGGUGAUGACUUCAGAGAAUUGUU